GCAGGCGGGGCGGCGGCGUGGGGGGAGCAGAUGCCGCUGGUUGCGAGCCGGAGCUAGGUUUGUGUAGCGCGCAGCCGCGAGCGAGGCGCGGGGGAGGCGAGCCGGAGUCCUAGCGCUGGCAGCAGCCAGUGUCGGCGGAGAGCACCCGGGCGCAGCCGGAGCCGGAGGCGCAGCCACCGCCGCGAUGGCCGUGGCCGUGGGAAGACCAUCUAAUGAAGAGCUGCGAAACUUGUCCCUUUCUGGCCAUGUGGGCUUCGACAGUCUCCCUGAUCAGCUGGUCAACAAGUCUACUUCGCAAGGCUUCUGUUUCAACAUCCUGUGUGUCGGUGAGACAGGCAUUGGGAAAUCUACCUUAAUGGACACCUUGUUCAACACCAAGUUUGAGAGUGACCCAGCAACUCACAAUGAACCUGGUGUCCGGUUAAAAGCCCGAAGUUAUGAGCUUCAGGAAAGCAAUGUCCGGCUGAAGCUGACCAUUGUCGACACCGUGGGAUUCGGAGAUCAGAUAAAUAAAGAUGACAGCUACAAGCCGAUCGUGGAGUACAUCGAUGCCCAGUUCGAGGCCUACCUGCAAGAGGAGCUGAAGAUUAAACGCUCCCUCUUCAACUACCAUGACACGCGGAUCCACGCCUGCCUCUACUUCAUCGCCCCGACGGGACAUUCGCUCAAGUCUCUGGACCUGGUCACCAUGAAGAAGCUGGACAGUAAGGUUAACAUCAUUCCGAUAAUUGCAAAAGCCGACACCAUUGCCAAGAACGAAUUGCACAAAUUCAAGAGUAAGAUCAUGAGUGAACUAGUGAGCAACGGGGUCCAGAUAUACCAGUUCCCCACGGAUGAAGAAACUGUGGCAGAGAUUAAUGCGACAAUGAGCGUCCACCUCCCGUUUGCUGUGGUUGGCAGCACCGAAGAGGUGAAGAUUGGCAACAAGAUGGCCAAGGCCAGGCAGUACCCCUGGGGCGUGGUGCAGGUGGAGAAUGAGAACCACUGCGACUUUGUGAAGCUCCGGGAGAUGCUGAUCCGUGUCAACAUGGAGGACCUGCGUGAGCAGACGCACACCCGCCAUUACGAGCUGUAUCGGCGUUGCAAACUCGAGGAGAUGGGCUUCAAGGACACGGACCCCGACAGCAAGCCCUUCAGUCUCCAGGAGACAUAUGAGGCCAAGAGGAACGAAUUCUUGGGAGAACUGCAGAAGAAAGAAGAGGAGAUGAGGCAGAUGUUCGUGAUGAGAGUCAAGGAGAAAGAGGCAGAGCUGAAAGAGGCCGAGAAAGAGCUGCAUGAGAAGUUUGACCUGCUCAAGCGGACACACCAGGAAGAAAAGAAGAAGGUGGAAGACAAGAAGAAGGAGCUGGAAGAGGAGGUGAACACCUUCCAGAAGAAGAAGGCAGCGGCUCAGUUACUGCAGUCCCAGGCCCAGCAGUCCGGGGCCCAGCAGACCAAGAAAGACAAGGACAAGAAAAAUGCAAGCUUCACAUAAAGCCUGGCAAGCCAAGGAUGUUCCCGCAUUCACCUGCUUUUGCAGUAAUAAUUGUAUCUCUGCCAUCUGUGUCCUUUUGUUUUGUUAUGGUUAUGAUUUUGAUUUUUUUUUUAUACCCUUCCCCAAACACCAGUAACUCUUAACUCAUUUUGCUGAAUGUUUUGUUGGGUGGUGGAAAAUGACAGAACAAGGGAAUAACAGCGAAAGCUCUGUGCGUCUGGACCUUGUUUCUGGAAAGUGACAUGAUUGGCUUUCUGUGCGCCUACCGAAUGAAAGUGAGAAGCAUGCCUGUUACUUGUAUGUCGCUUUGGACCAAGGACAAGUGGGGGUCAAACGCUGCCUGCACGACUCCCACGGAGACCUGUCACCACCUCAGCAGCUGAGCUAAACCCCCCGAGUAGCCAUGACAACAACUUGGCACAGCCUCCGAUCUUCGUCUCCAUGACCACAUGGUCCCUGCACUCACUGUCUGUUCUCCUCAUCCUCCUGGCCGAGGCAGAUGUGUAGGUAGGCAGAGUGGUGAUUCAGCUUUCCCAUAGGACUUUGUACCUGUGGGGGUUCAUGUUCAUCACUAACAUUCUGUGGCCAGAGCUUGUGGGGAGGUGAGGGCAGAGUCUUCAGACCUGCUAGUGUUGAAGGCUGGCCAAGCCCAGGGUGCUGAUGGUCACCAGGUGUGUGAGGGCAUUCCCAAUCUCCUAGCAGACUAAGAUUUCCCAUAGCAUCCCGUAGUACAAGUCUGCUGGUGGAGGGAAUGGUGUUUCCCCCGACCUUCUUACUGUGCACCUGCAGAAAGGAUGCUGGCCUGCAUAUACCUCUGUGUGCUUACUGAGGACAGCGGGGAGACUCCUGCAGAGCAGUCGUUUUGAUUGAACUUGUCAUUGAUCGUGGCUAGACCACGUCCACAAAUGCUUCUGAUUUGCUGUGGAAUCCACAGCCCGCAUCAGCAGUGUAAGGUAGAGCUAUGAAAGAGCAUGAUCCAGCACAUGAGCCCAUCAGCAGGUACUUGGCCUCACAGCCAACUCCCCCAGGCCCCUGUCUGUAUUGGCAGUAAAGGAAGACGAAAUGGAACAGCCAUUGUUUCUCAUCUGGUUGUCAGGAUGGCGUUUGCAUCACCUGUGCCCCAUGCACACCUAGCUCCCCCUGCUCCUUUAGGGCCUAGUCCCAUCACCCCAUGGAGGAUUAGGACUGAGCCAAUUGCCCGGACAGGGACUGGUUCCCUAACUUGUAGAGGAAAGGACACACACUGAAUCCUGAUCCUUUCCUUGUUUUCAUUUCCUUGCCCUUGCUCACUGGCUUUCUCUCUGGAUUCGGUUGUCUCCCGUUGCUUACCAGAAAGGUGGCAUUUCUCAUGAACCUGCUACUUCUGCCCUACAUUUCCCUUUUGGCCCUCACUAGUCAUUCAGUUAAAUACAGUAUAAGACACUGCACCUGCCUUUCCAUGCACAGUUUUUAAAAUUACCCAUAAGCACAUUUUUUUUCUCCUUCAUUUUCCACUAUAAGUAAAGGAAAGAAGGUAUGGUUUCCCAUGAACCGAUUUAGGUCUAAUUAGAGUAACGCCCAAGGUUGCAUUGCAGGCCAGGCUAAGCUGGGAUUGCAACCGUGAGCCAGGGGCAGCAGCAGCUGGACCAGUGGUUUUCUUCUCGCUUGCUUUUGUUUUGGUCUGGAUGUACUAGCUGUGGACCACAGCUGCUGUGGAGCAGCUGAGUAGCGCCGGCAUGCUGAUUCUAACCAUGGCUGCAUUUGCUCAUGUGCUGUGCCCCAAACAAGAGCCUGAAUAUUUGUGGUUUGUUUGUUCUACCCCCUGCUUGUUUGAGCAUUUUUGUGCCUCAUGACAAACAGAAACACACCUGUGUUGCAUCACUAAAAUCAACCUAACAAUGAAAGACAGCCAGUUGACUUUUUGAUUCCAUGAUGGUUGACUAAAUUUACUCCCCCCGCCCCAUCAACUUUUUCACAGGAAAGUCAGUGUCACAGAGAGUCAGGAAGUAGGCAGGCAAAAGAAACCCCUUUGGGAGAUUUUUUUUUUUAAUGCGUUGCUUCUGGCCCUUUUCUGCCACCACUGCCAGGCCCUGUUUAGUUUGUUACUGCUGCUCUUUUGCUUUCCGUAUCUGCCUUUUUUCACAGUAGUCCUUGGCUCUGCACGGAAUAAAUGACCCCCUCAAAGCUAACAGGAUGUGCUUUCGCCUUUGCAUGUAAGUACAGCAGUCAGAAACCAUUGAGAUCUUUCUAAAAUUAGGGACAACAAAUGGGCUGGUUGGGAUUUCUGUUUUUCUUUCUCUCGAAGGGGGGAGGUAAUGAUUUCAGGAGCCUUUGUUUAAUAACUUAAACAACUAUAUUUAAAAUGGCCACAUUUUAAUAUAUACACAUGCAUUUUGAUUUUCCUAGGGGCCCCCAGAAAUGUGGCUUCUCCUUGUGGAAGGUAGACAUGGCUUACCCCAGCCUAUGUUCUACUUAGCGGGCUGCCACCCUAGGGUGUUGCAGAGCCCUUGCUCUGUUGAUGGAAAUAAGGCUCACGUAAGAGCCUGCUACCUUCCCGGAUAGAAAAUCAAGGAGGCGGCUUAGGCCCUGCUGCCAUCGUGGCCACCUGCCUUUCUUUCCUUAUCUUUCUGGGCUUUCCCUGAUGCUAACUGGCCCUACUUCCAUGUUUUAGAUAUGUGGUCUGGCUUCCCCUUCCCCACCACCUUAUCUUUUUGCUUCCUUUGGAUAUCACUUACCCAUCGCUCUAGCUGUGUAGGUUGCAGGACAAGAUGGGGAAGCAGUAAUGAGUUCUUAGCAGUUCAGGCUGUCUUCCCAGCUUAGGCUCUAAUUCAUGGGUCAACAUUUUGUCUAAAACGGGCAUCUCAACCAGGGGAAUUACUUAAGGAGAUGCCAGGUGGGGACAGGUUCCUCACUGCCCUCCCUUCUCUGUUUCGGAGCUCAUCAGCGCUUCAACUCACAGGCUGUCUCUACCCCCCUAAUGAUUUAGUGUGGUGUCCUCCCUUUCCUGACAUCUUAGUGUUUCACAAACAAGCUGUCCCCAAGUUACGUCCCCACACUGUCUCCUUGUGUCCCUACCCACGCUGAUGGUUCCCAUGUGGUUUUUUUUUUUUUUUCCCCUUUAUUUGCCAUUGCAAGUGUCUGGCAUUCUGUCAGCUUUCAGAAAGAAGUCCUUGCUCCAGGGACAGGACACGUAGGUGCUGACUUUUGAGCGGGAUGAUGACCUACAAGGUCUAGUGUGUUGGUUGGUAUGAAGGGAAUUUUUAAAAAAUAAAUUUAAAAAUCAAGCUGUGAACAGCGUUAUAACUUUGUCUAUUUCUUGAUCUUAAGAAAAUAUAUGCUGAUAUGCCUUAAACUGUAGUUGUUAGAUUCUUGUUGUUUUUGCUGUUUGAAAAUAACUGGUGUGUUUUCUAAAACUGUUGUGUAAUCCACUUUCAGUGUUAAUACAGAAUUGUCAUUUAUGUAA